CUUGACCCAAAUAAAUAGAGUGCGACUGCAAACCAAUUUUUCCAGAAGAAUCAUUGUUUCUCAUGUUAUGUUAUACUCACUAGUACUAACUUCCAAAACCCUCAAUGUCCACGAAACACAGUUACAACGAUCAUUCAAAACUUGUUCUAAACUAUUCCACUCACUCAAACAACAUGAACAGAACCUGUUCGACAAUAUUCCCCACCCAAAUCCUUCUUCAGUUAACCGCUCCAUGCUUAACCUCUUGCACAACAACCUCCCCUUUCAAGCUCUUUCCAUAUUCAAGAAACAUUCUCAAUUUCAUUUUCUUCAAAAUGUCGAUGAGGUAACAUUUGCACUGUCAUUUAAGGCUUGUCGGGGAGAGUUUAAUUUGGGUUCCCAAAUUCAUGGACUCGCGGUAUCUACCGGGUUUGUUUCCCGUGUUACUGUGUCGAACUCGCUCAUGAAGAUGUACUGCAAAGCUGGGAAAUUCGAAUGUGCUUUGCGUGUUUUCGAGAAUUUGAGUUAUCCAGAUAUUGUUUCUUGGAAUACUAUUCUUUCUGGGUUUGAGAAGAGUGUUGAAGCUUUGAAUUUUGCGUGUUUUAUACAUUUAAAUGGGAUAGUUUUUGAUCCUGUGACAUAUACUACUGCGCUUUCGUUUUGUUGGGAUAGGAAUCAGGAUGAUCAUGGUUUUUUAUUUGGGUUGCAGUUGCAUUCUCUUGUGGUUAAAUGUGGAUUUGGCUGUGAAGUUUUUAUUGGGAAUGCACUUGUGACAAUGUAUUCAAGGUGGGGGGAAUUAGAUGGGGCUGGGAGAGUGUUUGAUGAAAUGCCUAUAAGAGAUUUGGUUUCUUGGAAUGCGAUGCUUUCUGGGUAUGCUCAAGAGGGAGAAUGUUAUGGGUUGGAAGCGGUUUUGUUGUUUGUCAACAUGGUGAGACAAGGUAUGUUGCUUGACCAUGUUUCGUUCACGGGUACGGUUUCUGCUUGUGGUUAUAUUAGAAACUUGGAGUUAGGAAAGCAGAUUCAUGGUUUGGCUAAAAAAUUAGGUUAUGGAACACACGUUGCAGUUUGCAAUGUUUUGAUUUCGACUUAUUCAAAGUGUAAGGUUCUUAAUGAUGCUAAGGCAGUUUUUCAGGCCAUGAGUAAUCGAAAUGUAGUGUCUUGGACGACAAUGAUUUCUAUUGAUGAAGAGAAUGUGGUGUCUCACUUUAAUGCUAUGAGAGUUGAUGAUGUGUAUCCAAAUGAUGUUACGUUUAUAGGAUUAUUGCAUGGUAUAACAACCAGGAAUAUGGUGAUAGAAGGUCUAAUGGUUCAUGGGUUAUGCAUAAAAAGCUGUUUUUCAUCAGAACAAAAUGUCUCCAAUAGCCUUAUUACCAUGUAUGCCAAGUUUGAAUCCACUCAAGAAUCAAAGAAGAUUUUUGAGGAGCUUAACUAUCAAGGAACAAUAUCAUGGAAUGCAUUAAUUUCAGGGUAUGCUCAAAAUGGCUUGUGUAAAGAAACUUUCCUUACUUUUUUGUCUGCAAUAAAGGAGAUUAUGCCCAACCAAUACACAUUUGGUAGUGUGUUAAAUGCCAUUGCCGCAGCUGAGGAUAUUUCUUUGAAACACGGGCAACGAUGUCAUUCUCACUUGAUCAAACUUGGGUUAAACACUGACCCAUUUGUUGCAGGGGCUCUGCUUGAUAUGUAUGGUAAACGCGGAAGCAUUAGCGAGUCUCAAAGAGUAUUCGAUGAGACACGCGAAAAAACCCAGUUUUCUUGGACAGGGAUGAUAUCUGCCUAUGCCCGCCAUGGAGAUUAUGAGUCAGUAAUGAGUUUAUUUAAGGAAAUGGAAAGGGAAGGAAGCAGUCCUGACUCCAUCACUUUCCUUUCUGUUUUGGCAGCAUGUUGUAGAAAGGGAAUGGUUGAUGUAGGCCAUAGAAUAUUUGACUCAAUGGUGUUAAAACAUUCACUUGAACCAUCCCCUGAGCAUUAUUCAGUUAUGGUGGACAUGUUGGGCCGUGUGGGACGGCUAGAUGAGGCAGAAGAGUUGAUGCAUCAGAUUCCAGGAGGACCUGGACUCUCAGUGUUGCAAAGCUUGCUUGGGUCUUGUAGAUUACAUGGGAAUGUGGAGAUGGCAGAGAGGGUUGCUGAUAGUUUGAUACUAAAGGACCCUGCAAGUUCAGGUCCUUAUGUGUUAAUGGCAAACUUGUAUGCUGAGAAAGGAAAGUGGGACAAAGUUGCUGAAGUGCGAAAAGGGAUGAGAGGGAGGGGAGUAAAGAAGGAAGUGGGAUUUAGUUGGGUGGAUGUUGCUAACGUUGAUUCCUUGCAUUUGCAUGGUUUCUCAUCUGGGGAUAAGUCACACCCAGAGUCUGAGACUAUUUGUAGAAUGGCAGAGUUUUUGGGAUUGCAAAUAAUAUUUUCCAAACAGAGUAGAGUGGAGGAAGGUGAUUGGUCUCGAGAGUUUGAACUGAUGAGUCAUGGAUAGCUUACUUGAUCGUGCUCGUUCAAAAAGAAACUAAUGUGUGCUCAUUCAAAAGAGAGUAUGGGAAAGAGGAUGGGUACUUUGUUGAAAGAGUUCCUUCAAAGCCCUUAUCUUUUACAUUUUGGAGUUUCCCCCAAAUUGAGGGGGUUAUUAUGGUUGUGUAGCUUCACUUCAUUCAACUACCAAAAUUGCAACUUUGCAAUUUAGCUCAAAGUUGUAAACCCCAACUUCUUUCCCCACUCUCUGACCGGUCUUUUUCUCUCUCGAGUUGCAUAUUUUUCCAUCAGCACAUAUAUUUGUUAAUAGUUUGGUUUGAUUCAGGUAUUUCUUUGUUCCGGCUUUUUGAAUCACUCCAUUCAGGUCUUUUGUUUGUCUUUCUGCUUUGAAUCAUUUGUCUAUGGUCUUGAUUAUGCUUAUGGGGCACACGAGAAUUCAUCAACGGGGAUAUUUGAAGGGGAACAUGAGAGAUGUGAAGGGUUUAGAUUUACAAAGACAAUUUUAAUUGGAAAACGGAUAAGGGAGUUGGUGAAAUAGGGUGUGAUAGAAUAACUUGCUGCUGAGUGCAGAGGAAAUGCUUACAUUCUCAUUACAAAAAAUUGUAUCCAGUACUGUGACGAUGCUUGUGUUAAACUCUAAAUUCUAUACCAAGUUUGGGAGUUUUAUCUUUUGCAUUUUGGAGUUUCUCAAUUGAGGAGUUUCUGGAAGAAAAAUAAAGAUUUUACUAUGUAGUACUCUCAUUUAAUUCAACUACCAAAGUUACAAUUUUUCUAUUCAGUUCAUAGUUGUAAACCCUAACUUUUUUUCCCACUCUCUAUCCUCUCCUGUUCACACAGGGUAUUUGGAUUUGUGAGUUUGUUUCAUCACCACAGAUGUUUGAGAAUCAAUAGCUUCCUUUGAUUCAGGUAUUUCUCCGUUUUGUCUUUUUGAUUUCCUGUCUUCAUUAUUGCUGAAUCUGGUCUAUCUAUCUGCUUUGAAUCAUUCCAUUCAGGUAUUUUGUCUGUGUUUCUGCUUUGAAUCAUUCAGCAAUCAAGCAAUUUUUAAAUGUAUUUUUGUUGUUUGUUUGGGUUCAUGGUUGAUUUCUUUAGGUUUGGGGCAAACAAGUCGGUUUUGUAAGAUUAACGUCUAAUCCAAAUUCUGAUAUUGCAUAACAGGUUAUUUUAGGUUUGUUGAGUCCCCUUUUGUUGGGCCACAUAGAGCGCCCCUCACCUUACAUACUCAUAUUGUAUGGUUGAGUUAGACCCGACUCAAAUUUUAAUAGUAAUUUAUCUCUAAGGUUGAUAUUUGUUAGGGAGGCAAAAAGUUGCGAGGAUCCAGAGUUUAUAUUGGCUUGGUUUUUAAGAAUAAAUGCAUGAGUAAAGCAGUAACUUUACGUGUUUGGCAUUUCGUUAUCUUCUGCGGAGAGGAAAAAUAGGAAUGGGACACUGGACGGUAAUGCUUAUUUUUAGGGAGGUCAUUCAAUAUAUGUUAUAUUCAUCCUUUGAUGAUCAGUUUUACUGGGGUGACAAUGCAAAGUCAGCAGAAUAUUUUUCCAACCAGUUUAUGUUAAUCUGAAACAUUUAUUUGGGUUUUAACUUUAAAACUUUCAAUAUGCUGUGUGAUGGUACAGGUACUGGUCAUUAGCCAUGGACAUUCAGUUAUUGGAAUCGAAAAGCAUAGCACAGUAGCUAGAUCAAAAGGGUAAGAAAGCCAUGGCUAAUUAUCAGAGUCACCAUGUAAGUGAACCAGUGUUAUCUGGCGAAUCACAGAAAGACAUUUUUAGUCGCCAUCCUUCACAAUCCGCCAUAACAGUUGUCAAAAACUCCGCCACUGCAAUCCGUCAUGGCCAAUAUUUGACAAUGAAGUGAGCUAAGUAAUAAGAAGUCAGGCUCAAUGCCAUUAAGAUCGACUAUUUUAAUCUUAAAGCUUUGGCUAAUGAACGGGUUGUGAAAAAUGGAAACAAGCUGAUGAUUUGGUGUUAUUUGUUAGUAAUAAUUAUAAGAGUGUUACUAUCGUUAUUUUUAAAGGUAAAAUUAUAUGUAUUUUAAUACUAGAGUACUGAUUACAAUUUGAACAUGUCUCCUAAUGAAAGCUUCCAGCAUAUUUCCAGUUCC